AUGUCAAAUUUUGCGCCAGUCUACAGGCCGUCCACCACGCAGCAAUCGUUCCUAACACGCGAGCAAAAGCGUGAGCGCAAGCGCAAGCGCAAUKCUCUUGACGAUUCAGAUGAAAAUGAUCGAUCUUCGGACUCAGAGGGAGAACAUGGCGCUCCGCGAGUGCUGCACCCGGUGAACAAAACGGAUCCCUAUUAUGUGGCGGGCCAUCCCCGUGAGAAACCUCUGCCAGGAGGUAAUUUUCCGCAUGCAGCCGUGAAGGAGGCCCGGCAUGCACAAAUUCCUGCCGAGCAGGAAUUGUCUCGGUUGAAUCCUCCGAUGUUUGUACCAAAGAUCGCUCAAACAGACCAUGCUAGCUCGUUGAGGGCGCGCCAUCUGGAUAAUCUUACUGCGAUCUUGCAUAAAUGCAUGCUCAAGGACGAUUGGGAGCGUGCCUCACGCGCAUGGGGGCUCAUUCUGCGGACCGAGAUUGCAGGACGAGGCGUUGACGUCCGCCAGCAUGGGCGUUGGACGAUCGGGGCUGAAAUAUUGAUGCGUCGUGAUCAAAUGUCAGCGCGGGAUGUCGCAUGGCGACUGGGUACUGGCAGAGUUGACGAGCAUGAGGAAGAGGUUGAAGAAGACGAAAAGCUGACCUCUGUACCUGCGAUCAAAGACGACAGCUUCAAGAAGGCGCGCGACUACUAUGACCGCCUCAUAGUCCAGCAUCCGCACUUGCAGCGUACUCAUCAUUCAAUUACAAGUGCAUUAUCGAUAUACCCGGCAAGAUUUAGUUUGUGGAUAUAUCACGUCCAGGACAAAUCAAAACGAGAGCGGCAGGGGAUCAGUGCCACUUCCGACUUUACAGACAGCGACUUGAGUACGAGCCCUGGGAGCGACAGAAGCGAUCAGCGACGCAGGUAUCGAGAGGUGAGGAGUCGUGAACUUACAGAGGCACUGGAGAUCGCUCGGCAGCUUGAUGAGCUACUCGUCAGUCCACCAUAUGACAGCAGCCAUGAGAUGCUUUACACGAGGGGCAUGGUGGCGCUUUGGCUCUACGACUUACAGGCGGAGCUUCUGCGACUACCCCAGGAGAAUAAUCCAAGUGGAGUGUCUGAUGAUGGCGAAGGAGAUUCGUCACUAGAGCACAUCAAUGCCGCGCAAGUGGAUACGCAGCGACGCCGUGCAGGUAAAAUCUUCGAAAAGCUGCUUGCAGCUGGAAUGGAGUUGCCGCCUAGUGUUCACGCGUUUCUGGACGAAGGYGAGGGAUAUGGCGAUGCAUGA